CCGGGACGCGGGACCACUGCACCGGCUGCUGCACUGCGGCACCGGAAGAGCGGAAUCAACGCAGCAGAAUAUUUGGGGACGCUGCAACGACUGGUGGUUCGUUAUCUAAACGUCAUUCACGGGCUUUUUCAAUCCCGUAUACAAUGCUGAUUGAAUGUCUUAUCUGUCCAUCAAAUUGUCGCCGGGAUGAUACUGCAGAGAAAGUGCAGUUAGUAGCUAGCAGCUAGCUAGGUAGUAGCAUUAGCAUUAGAAGUGGAUGACGGCUGCUGUACACCGAACGUCCUAUCAUCCGGACUACAGAAGAAUCAGGUGUCAUCAUUUAGUCAGUAAGAUGCAAGAUAACCGUACAGCCAACUAGAUACUACAAGUGUUUUAGAACUAUAAUACAAACGUAUCGUAUUUAGCUUAUAGUGCAGUGAUGUGCACUAUAGGUAGCUAGCUUGCUAGAAUAUGCUGCUGACAAAAAUGCCAUUAAAUUUGCGUUGGGCAGUUCUACAGCCAAAGACAAAAGGGCAUUCCAAGGGAGGAGCAUCCAUCCUUGUUGCAAGAAGAUCAUCGAAGUAGCCAAAAACAGACAUGAGUCGUUACUGCACCCUGAACAACAACAACGUUCCCCAUGACAACAACAUCCUAGUCCUGGACAUGGUGCUGAGCUGUCUCUGGGGCGUUCCACAGCCCAUCAACUGGGACAACGUGGCCAUGCUGGUCCCUGGCUUCACACCCAAGGAGUGUGCGCAGAGGUUUGAGGAUCUGAAGAGCACGGGAGGGUUCCAUCACGUGGACGACCAAUGCAACGCGCUGACAGCAGGAGGCUCCUCCCCUGUGGACACCCUGUCCACCUACAUCAAAUCCACACUAUUGGACACCACGGGAGACGUGGGGGAGACGCGGACCAAUCAGAGCUCCAUCUCAGUGACGGGCCUGGCGGUGAACCCUUCAAGAGGUAGCUCGGUGGAGAAAGAGAGCAGGGACUCUGCAGAGGAGGGAGAGAAGCCCCAGGAGGGGAAAGGGCCCAAUAUGGUGAUCCACGUGUGUGACGAGUCUAAGAACCUGAAGCAGGACUUCAUGUGUCCCCGUGACCUUCUGAUCAACGAGAUGCGUUACUUUGCUGAGUACCUCUCUGUUGACCCCCAGCGCUGGGAGGAGGUGGACAUCUCUGUGCACUGUGACGUACAGAUCUUCGACUGGCUCAUGAACUACGUCAAGAGGCACAAAAUGGCCGUUGAUGGCAACAAUGACAAACCCAAGCUCGAGCCCAGCAAUGUGAUCUCAAUCCUCAUCUCCUCCGAGUUCUUGAAGAUGGACAUGUUAGUGGAGGAGUGUAUUCAGUACUGUCACAAGCACAUGAGUGCCAUCGUGGCCACACCCUGCAACAUGAACUGCAUCAACAGUAACCUGGCAGCGCACAUCGCUGACCUCUUCAGCCACAACGAGGCAGACGACGUCAUGGACAGAAAAGACAAGUUCAAAAGUAAGUUAUUCCAGAAGAAGAUUGAGUGUCUCUUCGAUCCUGACUAUAAGAACCAGGACUCCCCAGGCAACGCAUCAACUCUGUACAGGUGUGCUCUGUGCCUGAAGCUGCUGACCAAGGACACAGAGAGGAAGAUCUCCUGCAUCCCAGGGAAGAUCAACAUCGACCCUCGAGGAGACAUCACCUACACUCACAGCAGGCAGAAGAGAUGGGAGGUCCAUGAUUACAUGACAGGGCUGUAUGAGGAGCUGAAGUCCUGGGUGCUGGUCUACUGGAGGAUCUGGGGUACCGUCAACCACCUCACCUGCUCCCACUGCCAACAGGCGUUUGUGUGUGCAGAGCUGUCCCACUGUCGGUAUCACCCAGAGGGUGUGUUGUACCCGGGCAUGGGGGCAGAGCAGGGCUGGCACGGGACGGGCAUCUACCCCUGCUGCAACCAGAGGACGCUACGCUUUGACCCCACCGGCAUGCCCAAGGGCUGUAAGAUGCGGGACCACAUAGUGAAUGUGUCAGACAGUGGAGACUGUACUGGGGACCACCAGGUAAACUCAGCCCAGACCAGACUACUCAACGACCUGCUACUACACAGAGAGACAGUGUGUGUACCCAGCACCCCCCCUCCAGAGACAGGGCCUGUAGAGUCUCCCUCCAGUGGUUCGGAGAGGGGGGAGCGGGUACUGGACUGUGACAUCCUGGUAGAGCCGGGGCUUCUGGGACUUCAGAGAGUAGAGGGCACCACCUUUUCCCUGUUGAAAAACUGGAGCCGGCAACUGAGGCAGCAGACGCUGCUGUCUGAGGAUGAGGAGUAUACCACGGGGUCAGAGGUCACUGAGGACGAGGUGGGGGAUGAAGAGGAGGCCACCAAGAAACAAGCUGCUAAGAAGGCCAAGAAGUCGAGCAAACCUCUGAAGAGGCAGAUGUCCUCACCCAGUUUCCACCGCAAAGAGAAAGUAGUGGAGAAAACACCUUCGAGGGACAACACUCCAUUCAGAGUAAGUGCCCAGAAGAGUAAAUGGGACAGCUCUCGCUCCAUGCGCUACAACCAAGAUGCCCAAAGAGAGGAAGACCAGCGGCGUAUGGUGGAGAUCAUUGGCCAUCUGACUAAGAUGAGGUUUGGAGAGCAGGACCAGAGCAAGUCCAAGGACACUAAAGAGCGUGCAGCAGGGAUCUACUCCAGGCUAGAGGCCCAGUUCAAGUCCUCCUCCCAGGCCAGCGGACGACAGAGUGGUCCUGAGAAAACCCUCAGAGUGAAGCCGCGCUUCAGUCAAGCUCGGCCCACAUAGAUGUUGGAAAGAGGAGAUGAAGGAAGAAGAGGAGGAAGUGAGAGGAUGAAGAGAGAGGAGGAAGAAGAGAGGGGGAGAGAG